AUGAGGUCUCUGGUACUGCUUUUGCUUGUAGGAGCUUGUUUUGCUCUGGAGGAUGACAAGAUUGUUGGAGGGUAUGAGUGCCAACCCCACUCCCAGCCCUGGCAAGUGUCUCUGAACUCCGGCUAUCACUUCUGUGGUGGUUCUCUGAUCAAUCAGAACUGGGUUGUGUCUGCUGCUCACUGCUCCAAAUCUCGUAUAGAGGUUCGUUUGGGUGAACACUACCUCAACGUUGAUGAGGGUCAUGAGCAGUUCAUCUCCUCCUCCCGUGUCAUCGUCAAUCCCAACUAUGACUCCUGGAACAUUGACAAUGACAUCAUGCUUAUCAAGCUGAGUCGACCUGCUACCCUGAACAGCUAUGUGCAGCCUGUGGCCCUGCCCACGAGCUGCCCCCCUGCGGGUACCAUGUGCCGGGUCUCUGGAUGGGGAAACACCAUGAGCCCCACUGCUGAUCGCAACAAGCUGCAGUGUCUGGAGGUCCCUAUUCUCUCUGAAAGGGAUUGUAACAACUCUUACCCUGGUAUGAUCACUAAUGCCAUGUUCUGUGCUGGCUACCUGGAGGGAGGCAAGGACUCUUGCCAGGGUGACUCUGGUGGCCCUGUGGUGUGCAAUGGUCAGCUGCAAGGUAUUGUGUCUUGGGGCUAUGGCUGUGCUGAGAAGGAUCACCCUGGUGUCUAUACAAAGGUUUGCAUUUUCACCAACUGGAUUACCCAGACAAUUGCCAACAAUUAA